GUCCCUUGAGUCCUGAUAUCUUAGUUAAAUAAAAAUGUAAAAUGAAGUCUAUCAUAAUUAUGUAAAAAAAAAUCUAGUCAGAACUUUAAAACAUUACGAUAAAUAUAUCGACAAAAACCGACAAACAUUGAAGAUUUCACAGUAAUUACUGGCUGUCAAGUUUCCCGCGCACGGCAAUGUCUUCCCGCCACAACUCGAACGCAGUUGCUUACCGUUGACCGAGAAAAAAACAACGUCGCCAUCUUUUUUACUUAUUUUUUUAUUCUUGCGUCGUAUUUGCCGUUUUAUUGUAUCGUCUAGGCUGUUUAUAUAUAGAGGUGGAUCCUUCAACCCCGAGGCCAUAUCAGAACAAUCCCGCGAAGAAUACACCGGCAUUGAAAUGUACCGAAAACUAUUAUUAUUGUUCCUGUGCGGACGAACGUUAACCGCGCCUCAGCAGGGCAUUGAGACAAUCGCUGACGUAAAGCCGACUAUCUUCGACUACCCCGCAGAGGUAUACAACCUACCCGCACACUAUCCCGACGGCGACUCCCUCAUCAAUGUCGGUAGACCGUACAGCUCCCUCUAUGAUAUGACAACUGAAAACAUCGAUCUAGAGACCACAGACUAUAACGAAGAAUUGACAGAUGGUUAUGACAAAAUUACAGAAUCUAUACCACGUGAUUAUGAAAGCAAAGAAAAUACAGCCGAAAUAUAUUCCAAUAUUGGCUUAUUCGCUAAUAAUUAUUUACCAGGACAAAGGAGACUUGAAAUUAAGAAAGAAGGCAAUGUUGCCGACGUGACAUAUUCUGAAAUAAGUAAUAAGACUGAUUUUAAGACGAUUAAUUCUACCAAAGAAAAAUCUAGUAAAAUAGAAGGGAUAAAUACAGAAGUUAAACCUACAGCUGUUGAUAAAAAGUUAUCUGACAAAAGCAAAACUGACGAAGUCGCAACAAAUUUUAGCGACAGCAAAAAUAUUUUGAACAACAAUCAAAAUUUCGGAAGCACAGUGAAUAUUAAAAAUAUAGCAAAUAUAGUAGAAGAUGUACCAAAUUAUGAAACUAGCAAACCUAGCUACUUCAGUAAUGGCCGUAAAAGUUAUUUAAAUGAAAAUUUUAUUAAAAAAGGACGAAGAAAGUUCAGAACGAAUUGUCGAUGUGAAAAAAUAUGGAAUUGUCCUAAACUGCAAAUAACAGUGCCCAGAUGUCCCGACGAGUAUUUUAUGUGUUGUUUCUAAUUUAAUAUUAACCUAAAACUCCAAAGCUGUAAAACUUACAUUGACACAUUUUCAUCAUCAUCAACAGCCUUUAUCUGCCCACUGCUGGGCAUAGGCCUUUCCCAAUGCCUUCCACAGUACGCGGUCCUCCGCCUUUCGCAUCCAACAACUUCCCGCCGUGCGGAUUAUGUCGUCGGUCCACCUGGAAGGAGGACGCCCCACACUCCUAGUCCCCUGCCGUGGUCUCCAUUCUAGGACCUUUCUUCCCCAUCUGGCGUCGUUGGCCCGACAGAUGUGAUCGGCCCAUUGCCAUUUCAGCCUACUGACUUGCCAUCCCUUUAAUUGUCUUUGACAAAACAAAGACAUCAAUAUUUAUAAAUAAAAGUUUGACCGCAGUCGAAUUUUACAGUUUUAGUGCGAUGUGCUAACUGUGGCUUUCUGAGACCAAAAUCCAUGUUUAAAACAUA